AUGUACUUCUCAACUCAAGUCCGUCUCGCUCUCAUCGCCACCGCCGCCAUCGGUGUUUCUCAGGCCCUUGCCGCCGAGACCGCAUCCGCAACCGUCUCCUCCGUCGCUGCGCCGACCAGCACCGCGGCCGCGACCAUCGAGCGCAAGCACCGUCACCCGCACCACCCCACACUCAACUUCGCACACAAGCACAAGAUCGCGAAGCACGAGCUCGCAGCCAACCACACCAAGUCGGCCACUCCCACCACCGCCCACAAGCACAAACACUCUUUGAAGAAGCAUGCUAGCAAGAAACACUCUAGCAAGAAACACCUGAGCAGGAAACAGAGGAACGCUCUCAGGAAAGCGCGAAAGCUCCGCAAGGGGAAGAAGGGGAGCAAAUCCACUCCCUCUACCCCAACCAGUGCUUCUACCCCCACUACGCCGACUACACCCACCACCCCGACUACCCCAGUUACCCCAGUCACUCCUACAACCCCCGCCACCCCCGUGACCGCCCGUGAAGACAUCUUCGAAGAGCUCGAAGCACGCCUCGGUGGACGCGGUGGACGAGGCCGUGCUAUAGGCCGUGGCGUUGGUCGGGUCGCAGGUGCCGCGCUCAAGGGGUUCGCCAACUCGUACGCCCAGCGCGACCUUGAGGAUAUCGUUGACCUCGAGGCGCGCCGUGGCGGUCGCGGUGGACGUGGUGGACGUGGUGGCCGCCGAGGAGGAGGCAGGCGCGGUGGACGACGCGGCGGUGCUCUGAGGGCCGCUGGUCAAGCCGCCGGCGCAGCUGCUGCCGGUGCCUCUGAGGCACCUGAGGCCCGGGAGUUCGAGGACGUUGUCGAGCUCGAGGCCCGCCGCGGCGGUCGUGGCGGUCGCCGAGGAGGCAGGCGCGGAGGCAGGCGUGGUGGCCACAAGGGAGCCGCUGGCCCUGCUGCCCAAGCAUCCGAGGCUCCGACUGAAGCUCGCGAGUUCGAAGACGUUACCGAGCUCGAGGCCCGCCGUGGCGGUCGCGGUGGUCGAGGUGGCCGUGGUGGUCGCCGAGGAGGCAGGCGUGGUGGCAGACGCGGAGGCGCUCUGAGGGGUGCUGGUCAGGCCGCCGGUGCUGCUGCUGCCGGUGCCUCUGAGGCUCCCGAAUCUCGCGAGUUCGAGGAUGUCAUUGAACUCGAAGCCCGCCGAGGUGGACGUGGCGGACGUGGUGGGCGCGGUGGUCGCCGAGGAGGCAGACGCGGUGGCAGGCGUGGCGGUGCUCUGAGGGCCGCUGGUCAGGCCGCAGGCGCAGCUGCUGGUGCCUCUGAGCCAGCACCUGAAGCCCGUGAGAUCGAGGACCUCCUCGAGCGCGAAUACCUUUUCGAAGAGACCGACUGA